GCCACAGAAGAAGAAGCAGAAGAAGAAAAAGCACAAGAAGAAGAAUAAGCUGUUUACCUUCGUUUAGUUGCUCUAGUAAACGUUCACUAAAAACAGAGUAAAGAGCGUCAACCAUCGCUGUCACUUAGCGACUAAAACAAUUAGAAAGUACUUUAAUUUUUGUUUGGUUCCUGCUGUCAAUGCCUCCUAAAAAGCACCUGUUUUGAUCAAAGUAUUGCUUUUUUGUGCACUCCUCUGGAGAAAUAAAGACCGAGGCCAAACUACAGAUGCUAAUUCUGUUCUUGGAACUUUCGGCUUGGCAUUAUGAUGUAGGCUGAAUCUUUUGCCAGUAUGUUUAUUUCCGGACCGCUGGGGGGUUGUUUUUGUUAUGCACCAUUUAUUAGAGUGGGAUAAAAGAAGAAGGCAACGCGAAGGACGAAAUCAGAUAGGACUCUCCUUUCCAGGACUAAGUUAGAUGUCAUAGUGUCUCUACAGUGUGUGCUGUUACCAGGAAAGCCGAGGUGCCGUCAGGUAACAGUCAAGCCUUAAGAAGGAAAACAGACUGGUUGGAGAGAUGAGCGACUCGGGAGAUCCAGCCAGCAUCCCCAGCUGCUCCGGCUUUAGAAGCGGGCCUGAGCGGUCUGGUACCGCCGAGCACAACCCUGUCUGGACCCUGAGUUCCUGUAGUCAGCGGGGAAGACUGCCAUCGCUCAGAACCCGGGACCUGACACUGGGGGGAGCGUUCAGGAAGACAAAGAAAACAUGGGAGCCUAAUGUCCACGCUGUGAGAAAAACGAAGGAUGAGUUACAAGCAGAAAUUCUAGUUGCUCCUAAAAAGGAAAAAAGAGAGAGGGAUGGGAAGAGAAAGGAGAGCAGAGGUGGGAGGAAAGCGAGACCUCAGACCAUCCAAUCCCACUCCAUCUUUGAACAUUGUCCUGAUGUGUCAAAUUACAAAACAGGCCGGUAUUGUGCCAGGGGACUGCAUAACUCCUCGACAUCUUCUGUUUGUCAACCAGUCAAAAACGAAGGGAAAAAAUCAAGGCAGGACGAAGAUCAUCUUCUACAUAAACUGCAGCGAGAUGAUUUCAUAGUUGAUCCAGAGUUGAGGAAUGAUUCCCGACUAAAGCCCAUCGCCCUGCCUCUGUAUCAGUCCAGCAGCUUCUCCAAGACUCACAGACUGUCCACCACCACAUGUCAAGACAGCCUCCCUCUUUUCUUAGCGCCAUCCUGUGGGGCUGAUGUAAAAGCAGGCCUCUUGACUGAGUGGCCCAAAUCUGAGCAGCUGCCCCUGGUGAAGAUGCUGCAGGAACUCAGAGUUGCUGGAGGAGAAGAGCUGUUCUUCAUGCAGUUUCCGGAUUGUCUUCCUGCCAGAUACUCAGCACCAAAGGUAGAUCUUCAUCAUGGAGCAGCAGAGAAACCUUCAAAGAAAGAAGGAAAGUCUGCACACCAAGAAGCCAGGAACAUGGACAGCUCUCCUGUGCUCUCACAAUUUCCUGAAGGACUUUUGGGCAAACUACAAAUCAGGAAGUCAGGAAAGGUGGAGCUAAAGUUGGGUGACAUUACCCUGGACGUGUCGGAGGGAGCCGCCUCUUCCUUUCUGCAGCAACUGGUGUCAGUUCGUCCCUCUGGUGGAAGAAGUGGAAACAUGAUGGUAUUGGGAAACGUCCAUCACAAGCUCGUCUUAUCUCCUGACUUCCAGUCCUUACUGAUACAGGCAGCUGCACAGCAGCAGCCAUGAAGCCGGGCCUGAUGGACCUGGAAAUGACAGACUGCAAAGCAUGUGGAAAGAUUUAGUGAACAAACGUGGACUUCUGUUCCUCUCCAUUAAUGUUAGUAACCAGCAAGAUAAUAUGAAAGUUCAGCAUUUGCUACUGAAAUAACUGUUUUUAUGAAGAAACUAUUUUUAUACUUUUGUCUGAAAAUUUUAAACGUGUAUGUAAAUGAUCUUCAAAUGCUAAAAUAUCUAAAGACUUUUGACAGAGCACAGAAACUUCUAAAUGAGUUAUGCUGAGCUUUAGAGCGGUUCCCAAUUCUUUGAUUACUUUAUUAGCCACCCCUCACUAUUACCAGGUUGGUCCCCUUUUGCCUUCAGAACUGCAUUAAUUCUUCAUGACAGCUAUUCAAGAAGGUGUCACAAACAUUACUUUUAGACUUUGGUCCAUAUGGACAUGACCACAUCAUGCAGUUGCUGCACAUUCAUCUGCUUAGCAUCCAUGAUGAGAAUCUCCUGUUUCACCACAUUUCAAAGGUUCUCCUUUGGACUCUGGAGGCCAUCAGAGUUGAGUGAACUCAUUGUCAUGUUCAAGAAACCUAUUUCUUAAACAUGAGAUUAUUUUAACUUUGUGACCUAGAGCAUUAUCCUACCGGAAAUCUAUCAGAAGAUGGUCCACUGGGGUCAUAAGGAAAUGGACAUGGUCAGCAACGACAGUCUGGUAGACCCUGGGGUUUAGAUGAUGCUUGGACCUUCCAAAGGGACCCAAAGUGUGCUAUAAAAUAUCCCCCACACCAUGACACCACCACCAGCAACCUGAACCAUUUCAUGUUCUCUUCCUAUGCCAAAUGCUGAUCCUACAGUGUAAAUCUACCAUUGAAAUCAAGUCUCAUCAACCCAGCAACAUUUUUCCAAUCUGUUAUUGUCCAGGUUAGAUGAGGCUAGAAAUUGUAGUCUCAGUUUCCUAUUCUUAGCUGACAGAAGCGACACCUUGUGUGGUCUGCUGCAAUCAACAAUGCAUUUGUUUCUCCACACAGGCUCUGCUCACUGUGUUUUUUUACGUUUUGGACCAUUCUCUGUGAACCCGAGGGAUGAUUGUGAUUGAAAAAUCACCAUAGACCAGCAGAACUGAAAGACUUUGGGGUAGGGGUUCAUAAAGCGAAGCUAGUUACUGUGAAUAGAGGGGCUUACCCUGCAGAACUUUACUCUAUUACAUGGCUGUGGUUAUUCCUCCAAUAAGUAGUGGCCCCUGAUAUGGGCUACAAGUGACUCUGCCCACAGGAUGCACCUGUGUCAGGAACUGGUAUGAGUGCCCCAAAAGAAUAAAAAAGGCAUCUCUCAGUUGCACCAAUAAUAAUUGUCAUGUCCGAUCAGUCAAAUGGGAAGGGAUUACUCCCUGUGUUGACAGUUGUCCAGCGGACAAUCAUUUACACCCUUAACAAGGAAGAUAAGCAACAAAGGGUCAUUUUGGAAGUGAUGAUAGAAGGAUAUGACCAAGCAUAUUGAUGGAAAGUUGAGUGGAAGGAAAAAGUGUAGCAGUAAAAAUGCACAAGCAACAGGAGUAAGCACAGCCUAGAGGUGAUUUUGAAGAAAUGCAUAUUCAAGAGUUCCAUAAGGUGUAAACUGCAGCUGGAGUCAGUCCUUGUAACAUACAUAACAUUUCUGAAUUUAAAUUGGUGUUACGAAAUCUUCAAAUUCUCUGUGAAACAAUUUUGGGGUUUCAUGACUUGCUGUGAGCCAUAAUAUGCAAUAAAUGUUUGAAAUCUUAUCAUUCUGUAUAGAUUUGAUCCAUCUAAAAUAUGAGAUUCACUUUUUCAACUGAAUUAUUAUAAUAAAUUACAUUGUCAGUUAUGUUCUUCUUUAUUGUUUAAAUCAGAAUACAGUACAGAGUCCCAUACUCCAAACUGUCUUAAAACAAAGUAAAUAACUCCAAAACAUGUUUUUACAUAUGCUAUACAUGUUGCACUAGUAAAUGGAGAUAAUGGUCUUUUGUAUGACCAUACUGGUUUCUGACGUACUUUUGGAGAUAUUCUGAGCAAUUCUUCUGUAUAAUGCUGCCUUAGUUCUUUGGGGUUGCAAAGCUCUUUAAAGCUACCACAUAAUGUCAUUCAUGUGAGCUACCCUGGUGUAGGCUUGCUGCAUUUUUGGGAUUGGCCCUGUUGUAUGGCCCAUGUGUGUUGCUUCAUGCACAGCUGCACAUUUGACUCCAUGCUUUUCAAAAAAUAUAGGUUCAUGUUAAAGUUGUAAACAGUGGCAGAUUGU